AUGAUCUUAGACCACCUACGGCCUUCCACCAACAGUUUUUUCGCGCUGAUCUUUGCCGCAAUGUACCAGUCGAACCAGCGCUCCCGUCUUCCCCUUCGCGCCCCCGCCUCACAGCAUGGCGCCAACCGAUUCGCACCUUAUCGCCCGCCGCCGCAUAUCCUGUUCGCGCCCAGGCUGUCGACCAUUCCCCUUCCGGACGUUCCCUCCGAAUCGAGCAAUGCAGGCCCCAUCACCUCCAUGCUCGCAUCUUCGGCGCAGACGGCGCCUUCGCAAGUUGUACCUCCAACUUUGGCAGGACCUCUUCUGUCCACAAUUGCGUCCCAUCUUGUUCAUCAGCCACAGCCAGUGCAGCAAGGACCGUCUGCUUCGCCCACUGCCUCGUCCGCUCGUCUUUCCCUAACGAGAGCGGCCUGUCAUUCGUCGGUCGUGCCGCACGACUUGGCUCCUCCGCCUGCUACGUCCGAUGCCAUGCCUGCACAACCAGUUGCAGGUGCAGCUCGUCACUCACCCGCCACCGAUGCGGACGCGCCUUCUCUCCCAUACGCUGCCGACGUCCAGGACACAACCGACAAUGCAGUAGCUCAGUCCUCGUCGUCGGCGCCUCGCUCCACAACGGCAAGUAGCAGCUCGUCCUUCAAAGACGGACACGUCGAGUUGAGCGGCACCGAGUCCUUUGCGGGUGGCAUCUGUGUUCUUCCCGAGCGAGCUCGUUGGGGUUCCAUCAAGUCCUUGACGGUGACGAGCCCCAUAACAAUCAACGACCUGCACCUCAUCCUGUACCAAGCGACGAAGCUGGAGAAGGCGGUGUUUGCGUCCGUCUUGCCGGACACAGAGAAGGAGAGGUGCAGGUUCAAGAUUCAUGCCAAGAACCUCCAGCGAUUAACGCUGAAAGAUAUUCGAACGCCUAUCGGCAGCUUUCUCGACGAUCUUGAAGCCACGCAACUGCAUCGGAUCCGCUUCGCCUACAAUGCUUCUACGUCUCAACUUGCUCUGCGCGAUGACGAGCAGAAUUGUUUCGACUUGCUCGUGCGCGUGUCGAACAAGACAGCCGCGGGCACGAUUACUGUUACCUCAAACAAUCCUUGGUAUGCAGCUAAUCGCGCCCCAGCCUUGCGAGAGCAGCUGAGGGCGGCCACGGGGUACACCUGGGCUGCGACUGUAGGAUGA